CUAGAUAUGAAAUAUGAAGAGAUGAAAGGAAAGGGCAACAUUUCCACGGUGGUGCAAUUUAUCUUCCAGGGAUUUUCUGACCUUCCAAAGCUCCAAGGAGUAUUAUUUGGACUUUUUGUAAUCAUAUACAUGAUGGUCUUAAUUGGAAAUGGCCUCAUAAUAAUAGUAACCAGAUUUGACCCUGUGCUACAGAAACCCAUGUAUUUUUUCCUGGCAAAUUUUUCUUCAUUGGAAAUCUGUUAUGUAUCGGUCACUCUCCCCAGGAUGCUUAAGGACCUAUGGACUCAAGACAGAAGCAUUUCUAAGGCAGAAUGUGCCUUCCAAAUGUAUUGCUUCAUUACCCUGGGAGCCACAGAAUGUUUCUUACUAGCUGUGAUGUCCUAUGACCGCUAUGUGGCCAUUUGUAACCCUCUGCACUACCCUCUAGUCAUGAACCACAGGACUUGUGUCCAGCUGGCUGUUGGCUCCUGGAUUGGUGGCGUUCCAUUGCAGAUAUGGCAAACAUGUCAGAUUUUCUCUCUUAACUUCUGUCAGUCUAAAGAAAUUAAGCACUUCUUCUGUGACAUCCUCCCUGUUCUGAAACUAGCCUGUGGAAACACUUUUCUUCAAGAGGUAACUCUUUAUGUAGCAGCUCUGCUCUUUGUUGUAGCUCCUUUUAUGUUGAUCCUUGUUUCUUACAGCAAAAUCAUUUGGACCAUUCUGCAGUUGCCAACAGCCACAGGACGGGCCAAAGCCUUCUCAACCUGUUCUUCCCACUUGAUGGUUGUGCUUUUAUUUUUUGGAUCUGCUACCAUCACCUACCUUAUGCCGAAAUCUACUCAGUCUUCAGGCAUUGAUAAACUUCUGUCUCUUUUCUACACUACAGUGACUCCAAUGUUGAACCCUAUGAUAUACAGCCUUCGGAACAAGGAUGUGAUUGCAGCAUUGAAAAAAUUAUUCCUUAAAAUUAGUGGCUUUGGCUCAGUAGUAAAUGUUUAG